CCCGGGGCGUCGCCAGGAGAGCUUCCUCAAGUUUGCACCACUUGCCCUCGACCGCGCCCACCCUUGUGCCGCCUUUCCUCCAACGCCGUUGCCUUUGGGGCAUUUGCUCUCAUGUAGAUGUCUACGGGCCCAGGCCAGCCUACAGCUAUACCACGAUGAACAGCCAGGGCCUCCACGGGCGAGGCGGCGGUGCGCCGUACGACCGCGACCGGGAGAUGGAGGAGCGACACCGCGCGAUACAGCACGAAGAGAUGCGGCGCGACCAGGAACGGGAACGCGAGCGGGAACGCGAGCGCGAGAGAGAACGAGACCGAGAGGCUGGCGACCGCGGGUACCCCACGGCGCCUCCUCACCAGAGCAGCGCCGGGUCCAUACCCAUCCACCAGCCCGUGGCAUCGCGGAUACCCGGCGCCAUACACAGCCCUGGGGGUCUCCUCGCGAAUCACAAUGGAGGCGGCGGCGGCGGCGCGGGAGCGCCGCCAGGACAGCAUCUCGGCGCGCCGCCGGGCGGCCCCAUGGGCGCCUUUGGCGGGCCGCUGCAGCAACAGCAGCCGGGCGAGCACGGCCGACAGAUGCAGCAGCAGCAGCCGCAGCAGCCGCAGCAUCAGAUGUAUACCCCGAUGCAGCAGCACUCACAGGCGCCCCCGAGCGCGUCUCAACCGGCGCCGAGCGGCUCGGGCGGUGCCUUCGGCGGCCCUCUGCCACAGCAGCAGGCCCAGCAGCAGCAGGACCGCAGCGGCAAGCAGAGCGGCGGUCCGGUCGGCGGUGCGACGCCCAGUGGCCAUCAGAUUCCCGGUGGGAUUACGCAGGGGCAGCAGCCCAUUUUGAACGAUGCCUUGACGUACCUCGACCAGGUGAAGGUCCAGUUCCACGACCAGCCGGACGUCUACAACCGGUUUCUCGACAUCAUGAAAGAUUUCAAGAGCCAGGCAAUCGACACGCCCGGCGUCAUCAACCGGGUAUCCGAGCUCUUUGCUGGUCACCCGAACCUGAUCCAGGGCUUCAAUACGUUCCUCCCACCAGGUUACAGAAUUGAGUGCGGAGCUGGCAACGAUCCAAACACGAUUCGCGUCACUACCCCCAUGGGAACGACUGUGCAGUCUAUUGCCGGACGAGGAGGCCAGGGCGACGGCCAGGGACAAGGUGCGGGCCAGCCUCUUUUCCCGGAGCGCGGAGGACCGUGGCAGCGAGCUCAGCACAGUAUCGAGAGCCCUGAGGCGAACUUCAGCACUCCAGCCCAGAACGGUGGCAGCCUUUUCGUGCAGGCGGCCGCGCAGAGCGGACCGUUUGACAGCUCCACCGCGCAGAGAAACGCGGCGCAGGCACUCGGCGCGGGCCCCAGCAGCGGACCAAACGCCCGCGGCCCUCAGACGCCAGUGCCGGCUAGUGGUACGCCCGGCGCGAACGGCGCCGCCGGCCAGGCGGGCAUGGAGCGCAGAGGCCCGGUUGAGUUUAACCACGCCAUCAGCUAUGUCAACAAGAUUAAGAACCGCUUUCAGGACAAGCCAGAGAUCUAUAAACAAUUUCUGGAGAUCCUGCAGACCUACCAGCGCGAGCAGAAGCCUAUCCAGGACGUCUAUGCUCAAGUCACGACUCUUUUCAACUCUGCACCCGACCUCUUGGAAGACUUCAAACAGUUCCUGCCAGAGUCCGCCGGCCAGGCCAAGGGCGGAGCGCGUACCGACGAGGCCAUGCCCGCCGGUCCCAGCCAUACACCCCAGCCUGGCGCGAGGGAUGGCCAGAAAAUGCCGCCUCUGGGCAGCUUUGCGCCCCCCGCAAGCGCGAGCAAGGACAAGAAGCGUCCUCGUGCAGACAAGCAGAGCCAGGCUGCAGACGCGCUGCUGGCCGAAGCCAACAGCCGACUUCCGCAGCCAGCUGUCAACGGCAACAAGCGACCCAAGUUGAGCCACGCUCGUGCUGUUGCGGACGCGUCUGCCAUCGAGCCGACCUUGACCCCAGUGAUGCCUGAGCCUUACCCGCCCCGAUCCUCUGGCCAUUCCAGCCAGGAAGAGAUUGCGUUUUUUGAACGCGUCAAGAAGUACCUUAGCAACCGGUCUUCGAUGAACGAGUUCCUGAAGCUGUGCAACCUCUUCAGCCAAAACAUCAUCGACAAGAACACGCUCUUCCACAAGGGAGCGCUGUUCAUCUCGGCCAACCCAGAUCUCCUGCAGUUCUGGAAGACGUUUGUUGGCGUUGAGUCUGGCGACGUCAUGGUCGACAACCGGCCCGAGCCGCCUACGGAGAAGCUGUCCCUCAGCAACUGCCGCGGCUACGGCCCCAGCUACAGGCUACUGCCCAAGAGGGAGCGCCUCAAGCCGUGCAGCGGUAGGGAUGAGCUUUGCAACUCGGUGCUGAAUGACCAGUGGGCAUCGCACCCGACGUGGGCCAGCGAGGACUCUGGCUUCGUGGCACAUCGUAAGAACCAGUUCGAGGAAGGCCUGCACCGCAUCGAGGAGGAACGCCACGAUUACGACUUCAACAUUGAAAUCAACCUCAAGUGCAUUCAGCUGCUCGAGCCCAUUGCCCAGCAGAUGCUGGCCAUGAACACGCACGAGCGGGAGAGCUUCCACCUGCAAACGGCGCUGGCCGGCCAGAGCACCUCCAUCUUCAAGCGCAUCUGCAAGAAGAUUUACGGCGAGAAGGGCAUGGAGGUUGUCAACGACAUGUUUGCGCACCCAUUCGACGUGGUGCCGGUCCUCCUUGCCCGCAUGAAGCAAAAGGACGAAGAAUGGCGCUUUUCGCAGCGAGAGUGGGAAAAGGUGUGGCACGUCCAGACGGAGCACAUGUACCUCAAGAGCCUCGACCACAUGGGCAUCUUGGUUAAGAGCAACGACAAGCGCAACCUCACCGCGAAGCACCUGGUCGACGUCAUCAAGACGAAGCACGAGGAGCAGCGCCGCGAGCGCGCUCUUCAAGGCAAGGCACCGCGGCACCAGCUGGUCUGGGACUUUGGCGACAAGGGCCUCAUCCUCGACCUGCUUCGUCUCAUGAUGCUGUACCCCAUGCACAGCGGACAGCACAGCGCCCAGGAGAAGGAGAGGCUGCUGGACUUCUUCGAGUCCUUCAUCAGCGGCUUCUUCGACCUCAACGAGGACCUCGUUCAGGAGCGGAUCCCCAAGCUUCCGCCCGACUCUGCCGAGGAAGAGGCCGAGGACGCUACGCCUGCCGAGCUCACCAACGGUCGCAGCAAGCGCACCGGCAGGAAGGGAGACCUCCUUCGAGGCGUUCUCGACCCGGGUCGCAACGGCAGCAAGCCCCGUAGCCAAAAGGAGGACAGCGCGGCGUCUGGCAGCAAGGAGACCACCCCCGAUGUCGGCUCGGGCAACGAUGAGGAGAUGCCCGAUGCGCCCGACGAGAACGCGGCGCCCGAGGUGUCCAACGAGCGCUGGAUACCGACCGUACCCAAGCCCGUGGUGGUUGGCGGCGACGACGCCCUUAUCAACGCCGAUGGCGAGCUCAAGGCCGACGGCUUCUUCCCCCGUCCCUGGUACAACUUCUUUGCGAACCAGACCAUAUUCGUCUUCUUCAGCAUCCUGCAGACCGUCUACAAGAGACUUGCCGAGCUGAAGAACUGCAAGGAUGCCGUGGCCAGCGAGAUUGACCGCCUGGGCCGCCCCAAGCCGGCGCGUGACCUCGGCUUCUCCGACUCCGUGAUGAAUUACUUUGGCAACCAGGACGAGCCUGACAAGUUUUGGGCCAAAACCCUCGAGCUCAUCGAGGACUACAUCACGGGUGACGUGGAGGAGACGCGGUACCAGGAGGUGCUGCGUCACUACUACCUUCGCAACGGCUGGAAGCUGUACACCAUCCAAGAUCAGCUCAAGACUUUGUGCCGCCUCGCGCUCACAUGCAGCAGCACCGACGCCAAGGAGAAGACGCCGGACCUGAUCCAGCAGUACUUCACGAACCGCGAGAAGGAGGAGACGAGCUACCAGACGGAGAUAAGUGCGCGCAAGUUUGCCGAGAAGUGCGUCAAGGAUGGAGACAUAUUUGUCAUCUGCUGGUUUCCUUCAAAGGCCGAAGCCACUGUCCGUUGGCUGCAGCGCAACGAGACCACCUUCUACAUGGACGAAAUGCAGAUGCGAGAGCGCUGGCAGUACUACAUCUCGUCGUUUAUCCGCGUCGAGCCGACCGAAGGCAUCCCGCGGUCCAAACUGCAAAAGGUAGUGCUCACGCGGAACAUGCCCUCGGGCGACAACGAGUCGGAUGAGGACCACAUCCCGAAGCCGGUCGCCUAUAGCGAGAACCUGACCACGAGCAUCUGCCUCAAGAGUUCCAAGAUGGUCUGGGCGCCUGGCACGUCCGAGUACUUUGUCUACGACCAGUCAUCCAAGUCGCCCGAGAAACGUGAGCACCGCGAAAAGCUCAGCAACGCGCGCGAGAGCAAGCUUAUGGAGAAGUUUGUCCACAACCCGCCGUGGGCCAAGGGCAUGAACUCGGAUUAUGUGCGCGAGUACAACAACAUUCUCAAGAAGUGGAAAGAGGAGGCCAUCGUGCCGCCGAGCGCGGGGGCUGAUGGUGAGACGGAUUAAGCACGGCAGCGCGGACAGGCGGGACUGGCGAGGUCCAUUAGGAUGAACCAUGUUUGGAGCUGUGGAUAUCUGGUGUUUCCCACCUUUCUUCUAUUUCUUGCGUUUUCCGAGAUCAAGUCGUCUUUGUGCACGGGCGUGGUUACAGCUUGGGCUUUGUGACUCUGCUUGCUAUGAUGGGGGACGUCGUCUUUUGAUAGGGGGGCGCGUGGUGGACCGCAGCUUGUUCAUGAUUUCCUUCCAGUCUCGGACUCUUUUAUACUCCCAUCUUCUUCGUUGUCAUUGCGCAUUUCCGCGUUUGCGUGUCUAUAGGCUAGGGAAAGAAAAUGAAAGGGGGCAGCAGGGUCGCCCGCUUCUUCUUGUUGCGAACGAUCGCGGUGGACGACCACAUGAGGGAGUGGAAGAAGCAGCGGCGGAGGCGGCGUGGGUUCUAUACCCCGGUGCGAGGAUGGCGCAUGAGACCAACAGCACUGAUUUUUCCUGUUUGAUUUGCGUGUAUUCUAGGAGGAGCAAAUACAAAGACUUGUCAUGAA